CUUUUUCCUUGUUAUUUGAAAUAAUGCGUGUGGUACCUCUUUUAUUGGCAGGUUUUUUAGCAUUGGUUAGUGCUGAUGCUCCAAAACGUCCCAUUACCUCUUUACAGAUUGGUGUGAAGCAUCGCGUUCCUGAAGAACAAUGUACACAAAAGUCUCACGAUGGUGACAAGCUCUCUAUGCAUUAUACUGGUGCACUUUACGAAACAGGGGCCAAAUUUGAUAGUAGUUUGGAUCGUAAUCAACCUUUUGAAUUCACCCUUGGUGUUGGUCAAGUAAUUCAAGGUUGGGAUCAAGGAUUGAAGAAUAUGUGCGUAGGUGAAAAACGUAAAUUGUUUAUUCCUCCUCAUUUGGGUUAUGGCGAUCGUGGAGCUGGUAGUGCAAUUCCCGGAGGCGCCACUUUAGUAUUUGAUGUGGAACUAUUAGAUGUCAAACCAGGCAAUCGACGUGUUUUUGACAACACUGGAAAACUUACUGACAAUGCCUUGACGACGGAUCGGUUUGCCCAAUUCCAAUCACCUUCCUUCAUUAUUUCCACUGGUAUCAUUGUCUCUUUGUUCGUAGCUAUCUAUUUAUACUCAAGAAAAUCCGAAGUGCCUGUCAAGAAACAAGCCAAGGAACCAACUAGCCCAAAACCCAAGCCUGCUACUGAAUGAAGUUUUGGAUAAUAGUCAAUUUAUAUAUAGUUUAGCUCAGUUUACUUUGGAAUUGAUCAUGAGUCAUAUGUUUGGAAAAGAUAAAAUAAUAAUAAUAAUAAUAAAAAAAAGAUGUGAUCCUUUUACGAUA